GCAGCACCAACAGCAACAGCAACAUUCUUCCUCAUCGGGAUCAAUAGUGGCGAGCUCAAUAGCCGGAUAUGCGCCGAGUUAUUCGGCGCCGAUUUCAAUACCGAUCUCACAACCGCCGGAUGUUCCGCCAGACUUUUCACCUUCGGAUGCGGCGGCGCCGUCGUCCUCGGGACUGCGAGGAGCUCACCUUCCGUUUCACUUGCAGCAUAACGAGCCCCAACGGCAAUCGGAACAGUACAUGAUCCCGGGGAUAUCUCACGGAGAAGCGCUUAGAAGACCUUCGGCACUAAUCAUGGAUCAGCAGCAGCAACAACAGCAGCAACAACAGCAGCAACAGCAGCAACAACAGCAGCACAUGUAUAACACGGGCGCCCCCCGAUCAUGGGACGAUUACGAAUGGCUAUUCGAGGCUGGAUAUCCGGACCAGGUUGUGAUGGAGAUGAACCAGAAUCAGGUGGCGUACUUACAUCCGUUGGAAAUUCAAUAUUACGCCACCGUGGGUGAAGGGUCGGCGAUCAAAGGUGGUAGCGGGGGAACACCGCCGUUCUACCACCCGCUGGACGACGCAGUACUCUCGCACGUCUUGCUCCUGGUGGGAGACACGCCGAAUCUGCACACGGGCAAUGUCGGAAUGGCAGCAAUGCAACGCUAUCUUCGGCUUUACUGGACGGAUUUCCAUCCGCUGUUUCCUCUUCUCCACAGGGCCACCUUUGUUCCGAAUGUGCAGAUGGUGAUGUUGGUGGCAAUCGUAUUGGCUAUCGGAAGCUCCUAUGUGGACUCGGAGGCCAGCCAUUUUGCUAUGGCGGUGUACGAUAAAGUGAGAGGGUGGAUAUUGAACUCCGAAGAGUUUUCAUCACAUAGUCCAAGCGUUCUCACGCAGCAGCUCAUACUAUUGACGGACGUGUUUGGAAAAAUGCGGUCGACAAGGUCUCAUUUGGAGGGAAGUCAGCUGGACUUCAUUCUGUUGAAUAAUCUUCGGAGGAGCCAGAGCCUGAACAGCGACCCGCUACAGAGCAUCCGGAGAUGCCAUCGGUCGGGACAGGAGUUCGAUUACGAGGCCGAAUGGCAAUCGUGGAUCGACCUGGAGGCUAAGAAGAGGGUUGCGCUUCUCUUUUUCUAUUGGGAUACCCAGCAAGCGACUCUCUUUGGCAGCGACAUGUGCCAGACCAUCUUUGACGUACGCAUUCAACUUCCUUGCGACGAGUACCUCUGGGGCGCCAAUUCACCCAACGAAUGGCUCGAGCGGAUAGACAGCGCGCAAGACGGCCAAGGCUUCCUGGACACCCUCAAAAUCUUCCUGGAUGGCCGCCGCGAUCCGCCAUCGCUUUCACCCUUCAGCACCGUGCUGGUUCUCCACGGCUUGAUUGCAGUCGGCUUGGACCUGCAGCGACGGACAUCCCCGGUGUCUCUGGACGCAGAUGACUCGGCAACGAAGCAAGCCCGGAUAUCACGCGGGCUCGAAAUCUGGCGGGGACAGUUCGAGGCGCUAAUGCCACAGGUGCUCGUGCAGAGCUGGUACCAGAAGUUACUACUCAUGUUCCAUAUGUCGCACAUCUCGCUGCAUACCAACCGGCAGGUGCUGCUCGCGGCGGCCGGCGAUCGUCGGUUCUUCCGGCGCAACUCCAACGACUUCUAUCGAGCCAAACACGAACUGCAACAGUGGCUCGCAUUGCCUUCCGCGCAGCUGGCCACCUGGCACGCCGUGCAGAUUCUGCUCAGAUACCUCAGCUCGGCGCAGAUGUACCAGCAGGACCUCUACGUUACAUGGUCGACGUAUUUGGCCGCGCUGAUCUGCUGGGCGUAUGGCCAGAGCGAGGUGCCAGACCAGCAGCAGCAGCAGCAGGACGAGCCCGUGCCGUGGGAGCUGGAGCAGGACAUGCGCAUCUACUUGCAGCAGAUGAACACAGAUAACUGGGAGAAUCUCGGACACGUGCGGAGACAUUACAGGACGAGGACGAAAGGGCUACUGGCCAUGGUGGGCGACACGAUGAAGAUGGCUAGGUGGGGGCUGGUGCAGGAGGGGCUCGAGAUCCUGAAGAGACUAAGGGAUCAGAAGAGCAUUAACGUUUGAUUAUUUGGAUUUGGAUUCGGAUUGCUGGGCCGCUGGAGCUGGUUACCACAUCAUCAUAUCACCAUCAUCACUACCAUCACUAUCACAAAGCUCUCUUAUAUGCUUGCAACAUGGCACUUUUUUUAUUGAUAUUUAUUCCUUCUGGUUCUUUUUUUUUGGCUUUUGGCUUUUGGGUCUGGGAUCUUAUCUUAUCUUAUACUAGGGAAUUGGCGUGGCUUUUGGUUAGGUUUUUCUUAUGUACGGUGCGGU